AUGAGCCUUAAAUCCUCUGCUGAAACUAAUUGUAAAGGUCGCAACCUCUCUUUUCUGAUUUCACUGUUGUUGCAGAUGAAUAUAUUCUUGAAGGUCAUGAAAACAGUGGCCUUCAAGGUGAAGAAGUCGGAGAGAAUUAAAGAUGUUAAAGCUAAGUUCCAGGACAAGGUAGGCAUUCCGGGUAAGAUUCAGGGUCUCUUCUUUGCUGGAAAUGAACUAAAGGACACCCAAACACUGGUUGAUUAUGCUGUCGAGAAGAACUCAACCCUCCAUCUGUUUCUUCAAGCUGCUGUAGUUGGAAUGAAAUUGUCUGUCAGGCUUCCACCAAACCAGAGAACCAUAGUACUUGAAGCAGACACAAGGGAUUCUGUCCAAAAGAUCAAGGCCAUGAUUCAGGAUAAGGAGGGGAUCCCACAGAACUCUUUUACACUAAUCUAA